AUGCCUGUAUUCACCGGACAAACACACUAUAAAUCGUUAGUGAUAUACAGUAGUGAUUGGGUGAUAGGAUACAUGAGUUGGCGCUUAUACCAAAAGCGAGAGAGUGUGAGAGAACUGGUUCUCCAAUAUAAUAGCCUUGAAAUCAAUACAAUGCCGGCAGAAGUGGUGACAACGUCUCACGUGCAAAAAGGUCCUAGUAAAUAUUCGGGAGCUUUUCAUAUCAAAACCAAAGUAGAAUCGGUUCCCAUUGGAGAGGAAUUGAGACUAAAUCUUGAAUAUUUCAAGAUUAUUCCGGGUAUUUUGAAACUCGUUCAAUUGUGGUUUUCUCGACUCUUCACAGCCGAGUUGGUUUACACCGGAAUCGCCACAAUUUCUAUAUUCAUUACAGCAAUCAUUCACUUAUCAUUGACCGCAAGGGCUGACUAUCGUUACGCACUGACCUAUUAUAGCAGUUACUUAGGGACCAGUUUCUUCGGCACAUACAUCGCCGCCGGAGUAAAUAUA